GGUAUGUGCACUAUGUUGCGGUAGGCAUCUUGAAUGAUCUAGUGUAGACAGUGCACAGUGUUGUAGCCUAUGAGCGACGAGGAGGACAUCAGAGAGGACGACCGAAGGAUUUUGCGAUCAGGUAGACACCCGAUAGCCCACGUGUCCUUAGGACCGGAGGGUGAUAGGAUUCUGUUCCGCCGGCUUAGGGAGAGGCAGCAGCAGCAGAGGAGGGCUAGAGAAGCCGAGACCAGCAGAACUUUAGUUAGCGAGGCCGGUGCUACAACAGCCAUGGCCACUACAGCCAUGGUCACUUCUGCGCAGCAGACUUCCCAAGUCAGUAGUUCAGGUGUCGUCGGGUCAACGGUCGCGCAGACCGUGAGCCAGUCCACUGGCGUUAUGGCAAGCCAGGCCGCGGUGUUGACUCCAGAGGAUGUCGCCAUCCAGCAGGAAGCCCUGCAGGAGGCACAGCUACAACGGGCAUUAGGAGAGAGAAAAACGAAAAUGGAAAAAAUGAUCAGAAGAAGAGCCAGGAUGCAGCGGAGAGGGGCAGAUAUAGAGGAGUUAGAGACGAUGGACCUGAUGCAUAUGGAUGAUGAUGUGAAGGUAGUUAGGAGGGCCCUGCUAGGUGUAAUAGAGAUGCAGGAGCAUCAAACUACCAUCCUUCAGGACAUUCAACAGAGCCUAGCCGUUUUGGCAGGCCGUGCAAAGGCAGCACCAUCACCAGCCGGGCCUGGUGCCUGGCCCGUGCCAUAUCCUCCUUUUUCUGUCCCACCGGUGACAGGGGUAUCCUUAUAUGUAGCCCCAUCAUCGGUUGCUAUCGUUUCCCUGGGCAUGCCGCUGUCAGGAGGUGUAACAGCAGGGACUAGUUUGCAGGUUCCUGUUCAGACAGUGUUCACUCAAACUCCGUUGCAGGUUGCAGUCACCACGCAGGCUGCUGUCUCGCAGCCUGUGCAGCCUCAGGGCACGCAGCCCCAGCAGCUAGCACAACAACCUCUGUCACCGGGUCCACAGCCCGGAGUGGUGCAGGGACCGGGACAAACUCAAUGGGUUCCAAAGACGGCCAUCGACGCUCCCAAACCUUUUACAGGGGAUAAGAGGGGCGAAGACCUCGACACAUGGUUGAGGGCAGUGCCGGUCUACGUCAGGUGUAAACUCACCUUGCCGCACGAAGAAGUGCUUGUGGCUGCUUCCUACCUAGAGGUCAGUGCAGCAAGAUGGCUGAGUGGUUUGGUACAACUCCAGGGGUAUGGUCAUGACUUCCGCGCUUGGGCGGCCUCCCUGAAAUCGGAGGACUUCUUGAAGAUGGUGGAAGAAAGGUGGCAUGAUCCUCAGGAGGCCCAAAGGGCCACUGAUGCGAUCCUCACACUGCACACGCGGCAGUUUAAGUCAGUAAGGGAAGCCACCGACGCUGUUGAGUGUCUGAUCUGUGUCCCAGGGGUGAGCUAUGACCCCCAGGUCCUACUGACUUCGUACUUGAGAUGCUUUUCUCAGCCUCUCAGGAACCAGUUGGCAAAAGAGGCCAACAUCAAUAUGCACAACUUUCCUACAUUCAGCAAGGUGGCCCUAGACAUUGAAGCUAAGAUAGGGCAUGGACAGGCACCCACUACGGAUGGGAGAAAGAAGACACUGCCUCCCAACUGGCAGGCGAAAGGUCGCAUCAUGUUUGUCGACAACGAUGGUUCAACCAUCGAGUUCGACGGCAACUUCCAGGAGGGAGUAGGUUCAGAGGCGGGCAGCGUAGAAGCUUCAGAGGGUGGAGUAGUCGUUGCCGUUGCUCAAAAAGGUAAGGCAACCGAUAGACGCCGCGGAGGCUCCCGGUCUAGGAGUCAAGUUGACCCCAAUGCUCCUCCAUGGGAGAAAGCGGGUCUUGCAGAGGACGUGUGGAGAGACCGUUACUCACGGCAGGCCUAUAUUCGUUGUGGUCAAUAUGGCCACAACCAAUUCAAGUGCCGCAAUAAGAAGGUGACGGAAAAGAUCCCGCCCACGAUGGGGCAGGCGGUAGGAUCCUCGCAUCCCGUUGGUAGCAAUGUUGUCAGUUCUUCACGCAGUGCUCCGGGAAACAUGUCCGACCAACGAGUGCGAGGUGAUUUCAGACAUCUGAAGCAUGCGUUGACGCAAUACGAGGUCUUGAAACUUCCUGAUCCUGACAAGCCGUUCAUAGUCACCACGGAUGCCAGCCAAUAUGGCAUUGGCGUCGUGCUCGCGCUGCAGGAAUGGCCAAAGUUGAGGCCAGUCGAGUACAUGUCAAAAAAGAUGUCGUCUCAUAAGUUGGCCAACUCCACCUAUGAGAAGGACCUCUACGCUGUGUACAAGGCUCUGACCCAUUGGAGACACUAUCUCCUUGGGAGAUUCUUCAUCUUCAGGACUGAUCAUCAGACCCUGAGAUGGAUGAGGACUCGGCCCGUACUUUCUGACGCUCUGAAGCGUUGGAUCGAAGUCAUUGAGCAGUACGACUUCGACCCCCAGUAUCUCAAAGGGGAGUACAACAAAGUCGUUGAUGCCUUGUCGUGUAGACCUGACUUUUCAGGUGCGCUGAUUACUGAGUUCAACCUCACGGACGAUGUAACUCGCUCUUUGGUGGAUGCCUAUCGCGAGGAUCAGUUCAUGUCGGAGACCAUACGCAGACUCGAGGCGAAGGACAAAAAGACCUCCGCCGAGUUUGAGUUGGUCAACGGUUUGCUGUUUCUUGAGAAGGCCGGGAAUAAACGGUUGUGCGUCCCAAAUAGGGAGUCUUUGCGUAGUUUAUUUUUAGGAGAAUGCCAUGAUGCCACCGGCCAUUUUGGGUAUAAGAAGACCGCAGCCAACUUGCUGCAGCGGUUCUGGUGGCCCACGAUGAUGCGAGAUGCUCAGCUGUAUGUGGAGACUUGUCAAGUGUGUCAACGAGACAAGCCAUGUACUCAGGCUCCUCUUGGGCUUUUGAAGCCCCUUCCGAUUCCAGAACGGCUUGGUGAGAGUCUGUCCAUGGAUUUCAUGGAUACUCUGAUCACCAGCAAGAGUGGGAUGCGUCACAUCUUCGUCAUCGUGGAUAGAUUUAAGGCCAACGGCCAGGCCGAGCAACUGAACCGCGUCGUACAACACCUGUUGAGGCAUUACAUCAAGCCCAACCAGGUGGACUGGGAUGAGAAGCUUGCUGUCAUCGCCAGUUUGUAUAACAAUGCGGUACACAGUGCCACUGGGGUGAGCCCGAACAGUUUACUACAGACUUUCAAGCCUAGACUACCCCUUGACUUUCUCCUUCCAGAGAAUGAAUCAACUGCUGCACCGGGUACUUCAGAGUUUGCCUACAGAUAUGAACAGAAAAUGCAGCAGGCAGUAGAACAGAUGCAGAAGGCACAGGCGGCGAUGAUAGAGUCCGAAAACCGACACCGCCGGCCUUCUACAUUUCAGGUUGGGGAUAGGGUCUGGGUUAAGUCUUCAGAACUGGGACAGGAGUACGAGAUCUCCCGCAAACUCAUACCUCAGUGCUUUGGACCUUGGGAAGUCUUGGACAUCGUCGGGACAGAUCCGGAUGGGCCAUCUUACGUUAUCCGGAUUCCUGGUCAUCUCCACACUUACCCUGUUUUUCACGCCUCCAAGCUGGCACCUUUCAAAGAGACUGACCAGUUUCCAUCUCGUCGCUCAAUGCUGCCCCCAACCAUGGACGGAGAGGCGGACAUUGAUGAUAUUGAGGAUCACAGAGAGCUGCCGGUAUCAAGACCAGCAGGCAGGGGACGUCCUCCAAAACCGAAGCUGCAGUACCACGUUCGGUUCCGGCAUCACACUGAUCCGAAGGAGGACUGCUGUGUGCGGAUGCUUUCAAAUCUGCUCCUGAAAUCCAUCGAGUGUCUCGGGAUCGCAUGCUUUGACGGUGACAUUGUACUGUCGAGGCUUGCUAUUGUACUUGUGAUUCGAGAUGACGCGGUCGACUUCCUGAUGACCAUCCAUAGAUGGAGGGCCUUGCCAUCAUCGGUCCGGGAAGUCCUCGCUCUUAGCUGGUGUGUAUGUCGCAAGCUUCGAGGCGUGAAAGGCUGGAUGGACCGUCAGAUGUGGGGGGAUGUUCAUCAGGCACAUCAAACGAGGGACCAUCGGGCUCAUCGCCCGUGGCUGAUGUUACGGGCCAUGGUGCAAACCACUUGCGGAGUAGUUUGCGUGAAACAUCCUGUUCGAGUGCAAAUUCUUCCGCGAAGAUGCAAACCAGAUCGCCGACGUGAAUGGGACAUGGCACGCGAAGCUUGUUGGCUUGCUGCUGCAUGCGAACUUCAGCCUUUUGCAUGUUCACACGGGCUUCAGCCAACAAUUCCCUAUACUUCCGAACGGAAGCGGGAGAGCAAGCAGCGUCUAUGUCGGCUGAUUGUGGAAGGAGAAGAUCAGCGAAGAUACGGCCUUUCCGGCCACCGUGGUGCAACUCGAAUGGAGUCACACCGAUCGCCGGAUGAAGGCGAACUCGAUGUCGGGGAGGCGGUCAACCCAAUCCUUCUAAUCCGGACGGAUGAGCGUACAAAGCAUCAUUUGAGCGGUUUGAUGUGCCCGCUCCGUUUGCCCGUCCGUUUGUGGAUGCCGAGCCGAACUUGGUUUCAUCUUGGUGUCGGAUUCCUGCAUGAAAGAAGUCCAAAACGCCAACAUGAAACAAGUGCCGCGGUCGCUAACAAUGUCUUCCGGGACGCCGUGGCUGCAAAUCCAGCCGGUGUGCAAGAGGCGCGCAAGUUCAAGAGCCAUGGUGUAGCACUUGCAAGGGAGAAAUCGCGCGUAUUUACUCAAUCGGUCAACGACCUUGAGGAUGCCAUCGUGCUCGAAGCGGUCGCAAGGGAACGGGCCGGUGAUGUCCAUGGCAAUGGAGAGGCCGGGUUCCCGCGGGAUGGGUAACGGGCGCAAUUCGCCAUAGGGGUUGUGAUUGUGGGGCUUUCUUCAUCGACAAACUUUGUAAGAGUCGCAAUACUAAGUGAUGUCGGUAAUGAGGUCGGGCCACCGGAAUCGUUGUUGAAGUCUUGCGAUCGUUCGGUUGACUCCGAUGUCCAGCGAGUCGCGAGUCGUGGUACUCGCCGAGAAGGCGAGUCCGAAGACGACGGUGUCGUGGGACACACAAUUAAGUCCUUGCCUCGCGAGUGGAGAAGCAAGUAUCCGUCGGCGAUGCGAUAAUGGCUGGUCGACGAGUGAUCUGAAGAUAGGUGCACAUAUAGCGUGGCGAAAUUUGGAUCCGACUGGUAGCCCCGAAUGAAAUGCCACUGAAGUC